CCAUCCCACUGCUGGAUUUCAAGAACACACAAUGGCAGACAAAAUUAAGAAAUUCUUUCAAAAGAAGAAGAUGGAAGCUAAUUUUAAAAGGGCUGGCCCAGGACAUAAGUUAACUGAAAAUACAUCCUCAUCAAGAUCACUAUCUGUUGCUGAAACUCCUGCUGCACCCCGUGCUCCAAUGUCUGAUGAAGCUCGUCAGGCAGCGGAAGCUGCCAUGGCAAGAAUAAACACUGGUAAAAGACCGGACCAGGCAGCAUUCCAAACAUCCCUAGCAGCUAUCCAGUCCCAAGUACGUCGAGAACUGGAGGCAGAAAAGAAACAAGCUGCCUUAGCGUCAGGCACUGCUUCGUCAUCCCAGGAAUCUGUAUCAAAGUCUGCGACACCCGUAGAGGUUGAGGCUAGCCCACACCUAGCAGUGCAAGGAGUGUUCUUCCGCUGUCCACUAAUCAGUAAUGAAGUCCUAUCAAAAGAUGAAUGGACACCAAAAAUUCGUGAAUUUCUUUUUGAAAACUUAGAGGCAGAAAAGGGGCUUACAGCUUGUCUUAUCAUUCACUCGUGUAAUAAGGGCCGAGAAAAGGUCAAUAAUUGUGUUACAACCAUUCAAAAAUAUCUGGAUAACAUCAUUAGGAAUCCAAAUGAUGAAAAGUAUCGGCGCAUUAAGCUGAACAACAGAGUCUUUCAAGAAAAAGUCUCACCUCUUGAAGGCACCACAGAAUUUCUAGAAGCUGCUGGAUUUGUGAAACAAAAGCUCACUGUAAAUGACACAGAAGAAGAGUUUUUUGUCAUCUCUGAUGUGUGUGAUGAUGUCCUAGAAAACCUCCAGAUGUUAUAUGAUGCAUUAGGAAGUGCUGAACCAGUUCAGCUUGAACUUGACCGCAAUCUCUCAGUUUUAUAUCCAUCGCAAGCUGCAAAACGAGUUGAAUUGCCUCCAGUAUUUUUCAAUAUUACAGCAGAGGAACUUAAGAGGGAACAACAACUCAAGUCUGAAGGAAUGGAACGUAGCAUGAUGCUGAGAACGAAGGCAAUGAGAGAAAAAGAGGAAAUGAGAGAAAUGAAAAAAUACCGAUUUGCUCUAAUUCGAGUAAGGUUUCCUAAUGGUAUCCUUCUCCAGGGUACUUUUGGAGUUCAUGAAAAGAUUUCCUCAAUCUUGGAGUUUGUCCGAGAAAACUUAGAGGAUGAAGAAUUGAAGUUUUCUCUCACAACACCUUCCGGCCACAGACUGACAGCUGAGGAUGAGCAGUGUUCUUUGGUUGAUCUUCGACUCGUUCCUGCAACUAUCCUAAUUUUUUCUGCUGACUCAGAUGGUCAGUCUGACCGAAACAAAAUGUUUUUAAAAGAAGAUGUCAUGAUUCUUGUGCAACCAAUUAGUUAAACACACAAAUGAUAGACAAUUUUUAACAUAACAUGUGUAACUACUUUGAAUUUUAAAAUUUUCGGGCUCUGUCACUUUAAGUAUUUGCAAGCUGCAUUUUGUUUGGUUGUCAUUGUCAUUUUAUUUGCAUCUUGAUUUGCAUUUAUUUAUCUUCCAAUCGGGUAAAUAUCAAUUGCUACCCAUGUAAUAUUGUUUGAUCAUAUUUUUAUCCUGCACUCUUAGUUAGAAAUUCCCAAUGUUAUGCUGUGCUUUUAUGUGCUAUUUAAGCAUCAAGCUUGCUCUCAUGAUGAGAUUUUUUUUGUAAGUAACAUAGAGUCUAUCUCUACUUUUAAUGCAGCCAUAAAUUUUGAGGCAGUUGAUCUCAUCAUUGCAUGGUAUAAUACCUCACUAAAGAGUUACAUGUAAUACAUGAAUUUCAAUAAUUAAUCUCUGUGAUUUUUCCAAAGUUCAAAGUAAAUUCGAAAUUAAAGUACUGUAACUUCUUUUACACUGUGUCAAACUUUGAUAUUGAUCACACAUGUUAUAUUUUCUGCACAAUUUUAUUUAUUUCUGAGGGUUUAGUUUUUUUUUUUUUUUUCUAUCAAAUGAUGUGACUGCAGUAGUAUUUGUAUUGAGCCUAAUCUAGUGGACAUUCCUGCUUGUCCCAUGUAUUUGUUCUGAGUUGUUAACAGUGAAGAACCUCACUGCAAAUGAAUUCACUUUUGAUUAUGAAUAAAGUAAUUACCAGUAA